UUGCUUCUUCCACCCAUCUCCUCUCCUCUUCUAAAACCCUUCCCAAAUUCAAUUUUCUCCCCUCUCUCUCUCUCUCUCUCUGUGUUGGGGCUUUUACGUUGUAGGGCUUCUAUGGCCGGGAUUAGAUUGCAGCCGGAGGACUCCGACGUGUCGCAGGCGCGUCCUCCCGCCGCCGCCGAUCUGAUCUCCGACGACGACCGGUCUGUGGCGGCGGACUCGUGGUCCAUAAAAAGUGACUACGGGAGUAGCACUGUCGACGACGAUCAGCGCCACGCCGACGCCUCCGAAGCUCUCGCUGCUGCCUCCGCCACCCUUACUGCCACCUCCGAUUACAGUUCUGACAAGGAUGUACCAGAUGCCGAAGCAGUUACAUCAAUGUUGGGUUUCCAUAGUUACUGGGAUGCCACGUAUGCAGAUGAAUUGGCAAAUUUUCGUGAGCAUGGCCAUGCUGGUGAAGUUUGGUUUGGAGCUGAUGUUAUGGAGACCGUUGCUUCUUGGACUAAAAACUUGUGUACUAGCAUUUAUCAGGUCAACUUGGUGAAUCAUGUUGAUGAUGACACAUCUGGGCCUGUUGAACAGAGUGACAAAGAUUUGUCCGGUUGGAGUGUCCUUGAUAUUGGUACUGGCAAUGGUCUACUUCUACAAGAGCUUGCGAAGCAGGGGUUCUCUGACCUCACUGGAACUGAUUACAGUGAAGGUGCUAUUGACCUUGCCCGAAGCCUUGCUGAUCGUAAUGGAUUCACCAACAUCAAGUUCAUGGUUGAUGAUGUCCUUGAGACGAAGAUAGAAAGGAAGUACCAACUUGUCUUGGAUAAAGGGACCCUAGAUGCUAUUGGACUGCAUCCUGAUGGCCCUAUCAAAAGGAUUAUGUAUUGGGAUUCCGUCUCAAGUUUAGUUGCACCUGGUGGAGUAUUGGUGAUUACGUCUUGUAAUAGUACAAAAGAUGAAUUGGUGCAAGAAGUGGACACCUUUAAUCAAAGAAAAGUUGUUGCUUCCCAAAUUGGGACCUUAGGGGACCAAGAGGCAGGAGGAGAUCCUGCUCCAUUCCGCUACCUUGAUUAUGUUAGUUCGUAUCCAACAUUCAUGUUUGGAGGAUCGGUGGGAUCACGUGUUGCUACUGUAGCAUUCCUGAGGAAUUGAAAUCUCGAAAUUCCAUGUCAAGUUAGCUCAUUUUCGACUGUUCGGUUAUGGUUUGAGGUUGUAUAUGGACGACAAUCAUGGAUGGAAAAGUGGGUCAAUGUGGAGAAGGUUCUGAUUUGCCCAAGAUGCAUUUCCUGGAACUGAUCUAACCGUCAAUGAAACACUGCUGAAGGAGUAUUCUGCUCUGUAAAUCUGACCUUUGUUUGGAGAAAAUGAUAUAUUGUUGUUUUGCGUUUCUUUCA